AUGAAUUUAUUGGCAAAACACUUCUUUGAAUAUCAGUCGUUUAUUAAUUUGCCUCAUAAAGCUGUGCAACUUCACAAAACGCCUCCAUCGUCAGCAGGAUCCGAUCAAUCAGCUUCUUGGGCACCAAAAUCAAUGACGAAGGCUGGAAAGAAUCAAGCAGCUAUAGGGGCUAGAGCAAACAGAAAUAAUAUUGAUACAAAAUCGACAGCACAUAGACAUGGACGAGCUGGGAAGCAUGAAUUUCGUGAAUGGGGUGAUAGACAUGGAGAGUUAAAACCGGAGAAAAUCGCACCACAUAAAGAUGCUCUAACGAAAUUUUUAUCAAACGAAAAGGCAUCAAGUCAUCGAAAUGUUUUUGAAUGUGAUUUUGAAGACCGAAUAUUUGAAGAGGAAGAAGAAUCAUUUACUAAAAAUAUAAUAAGGAUAUCUAGAAAAUCCGAGCUUCAUGGCUAUAUGGUGUCACAUAAAUUCGGUUGUGAAGCUCUAAUUAUACUAACAUUUGGUGCACAGGUUCAGUUCCUAACUGUAACUUUUAGUUACUUCAAAUUUUCUUUGGCUAUAAUACCAUUUGUCAAGUCAAACUAUAUGUCGCCACAAUUCACUAGCAGUAGCGACACAACAUUUUCUGGAUCAUUUUUAUUUCACAUGUCACCACAAAUGUUAGACAAAUAUCGUAUCAUUAUUGAGGGAUAUGAUUACGACCCAAUGGAUUCAUCGCUGGACCCAAUAUUUAUUGGCCGUUGUAUGAUUGGCAUUAUGUGUCCUGCAACCGGGAAAGAACACUGGAUUCAAAUGGUCGACAAAAAUGGACUACCAGUAUGUAUGUGGCAUAAGCUUGUGGAUUUCUGA